AUUAAAACCAAUUACCAUGGGAGAAGUUGAUCCAGCUUUCAUCCAAGAACCUGAACACAGGCCAAGAAUCUCCUACAUCGAAGGGGAAGGCUUCCCACUAAUUGAUCUUGCUCCAUUACACUCCUCCAACAAUGUUUCUGCCAUCGAAGGCCUUGUUAAGGAGGUAGGCAAAGCAUGCAAGGAGUGGGGGUUCUUCCAGGUGAUCAACCAUGGGGUGCCUUUGGAGAAGCGACAGAAAAUUGAUGGUGACUCGAGGAAAUUCUUUGAGCAGAGUUUAGAGGAGAAGAGGAAGGUGAGGAGAACUGAGAAGUUAGUGUUGGGUUAUUAUGACACUGAGCAUACUAAGAAUGUUAGGGACUGGAAGGAGGUAUUUGAUAUUGCUGUAGAGGAACCUGCUUUAAUCCCUGCCUCGCCUGAUCCUGAUGACAAGGAAAUCACUGAAUUAUAUAAUCAGUGGCCUGAGUACCCGCCUGAAUUAAGGGAGACAUGCCAAGACUAUGGUCAAGAGAUGGUAAAACUAGCUCGCAAGUUAUUCGAACUUAUAGCUCUGUCCCUAGGCUUGCCAGCAGAUAGGUUCCACAGCUUCUUCAAAGAUCACAACAGCUACAUCCGACUAAAUCACUAUCCACCUUGCCCUACCCCUGAGUUAGCACUUGGUGUCGGUCGGCACAAGGAUGGUGGUGCCUUAACCAUCCUUGCCCAAGAUGAUGUUGGAGGAUUGGAAGUGAAGCGGAAAGAUGGAGAGUGGAUUCGGGUCAAACCCACCCCAGAUGCUUAUAUUGUCAAUGUUGGUGACAUUAUUCAGGUUUGGAGUAAUGACAAGUAUGAGAGUGUGGAGCACAGGGCCAUGGUGAACCCAGAGAAAGAAAGGUUCUCUGUUCCAUUUUUCUUCAACCCGGCACACUACACCAUGAUUAAGCCCUUAGAAGAGCUAACAAACGAGCAAAACCCUGCUAAGUAUAGGGCAUACAGUUGGGGCAAGUUUACAGCUAGCAAAAGGCGCAGUAAUUUCCAAAAACUUAAUGUUGAAAAUCUCCAAAUUUCUCAUUUUAGGAUAUCAGAUUAAGCUUGUUGGAGGUACUAUUAUCUGUUUAGCAAGCAAUCAUUUAUAAGCUUGUUGUGAGUACCAUGAUCUGCAUAGAGACUUGGCAAGCAUGACGUGUUUCAUCUUUCAAUAUCUUUUUCUUUUUUCUUUUUUAGAAUCAUGUGUUUCAAUAUCUUAGAGUCAAGCAAUAAUGUAAAUGUUA